CCUCGAAAUACGUAAAUGUUGGAAAAUUUCCAGCACAUGGACUGUGGUUGAAAUUUCUUUCAGUGAAGCGCAUUGAAACUACGUUCUCUCUCUCUUUGUAGUGUUUGUAUCCAUUUUAGACCACCACUGUUCAUCACCUUCCCCUCAGACUCCAAACAACAAUUUUACAAAAACAGGGGAAUUUCAAUUUCCAAGGAAACAAAAAGGUGGUGGUGGUAGAAGUAGAUUGUGCAUGAGUUCAGGAUGCUCAUAAAUCGUUUUAUUUCUAAUGUUCGCCACCUUCCCUUCUCUUCCUCUUCCUAAUCUCAAUCCCCUUUUGUUUCGAAUCGCUUUUCUCCGCCGUGCGCUUCCCACAGCCGCCGCCUCCUCAGAUGUGAGGUAAUACCACUGAGAAGAAGAUCGAACCAAACAAUUCCAUUUCCAUUCCUCUGAUAAGAAGAUUGAAGCUAUAAUCAUGGUGAGCUUAAGAAGGCGUAAACUCCUGGGAUUUUGCUCUGGGAAAGGCUCAUUUCUUGCUCCAGUUCACAAGUUUUCUGAAAAUUUGACUACCGAAAAUCCCAUACAUUGUACAAACUUUGUUAGCGUGCAUCCGAUCUGUUCAGACGACAUUAACAAGAUAAAGGAGAAUCCCAUUGCAAAUACAGAGCCUGAAUCUUCAUCAAGGGUAACUGUUUUGGAUACAUCAAAAGAGAAAAAUGAGGAGUCAAUUGCAGACCCGCCCGUACAGUGCAGAAAGAGACACUGGAGAAAGCGUUUUCCAGAUGAACCUUUCUUAAUGAGAGGGGUCUAUUUCAAGAACAUGAAAUGGCAAGCUGCAAUAAAGGUUGACAAGAAACAAAUACACUUGGGAACUGUAGGAUCACAAGAAGAAGCUGCUCAUUUGUAUGACAGAGCUGCUUUCAUGUGUGGAAGGAAACCAAACUUUGAGCUCCCAGAGGAGGAGAAGCAAGAACUGAGAAAGUUAAAUUGGGACCAAUUUUUAGCAGUCACUCGCCACGUCAUUACUAAUAGAAAACAGAAGAGGCUCAGCCCAGAAUCAAACAAGUCUAAGCUUCCUUCGUCGGGAAAUCAUGACUCGGACAAAAGACAUGGCAAGUUCAGUAACCUCUCAACUCUAGAAGAUAUGAAACCAGAAGCCUCUACCUCUUGAAGAUUAGAAUUCAAGAAGAAAAAGUUUAGUUUCCUUAUCUCUUCCUCAAGUAUGAUGGAGAUCUGCAGUUUUGAUUUUCCUCUGGAAUUUUGGAUGUACAUCAUUUUAGUGAUUUUUAGGUAAAUCCUUCAGAAUUCGAGCCAAUAAAAAGAUCGAUCGACUCGGGAGGGUUCUUUCCAUGCCUUCUUAUUUGGACAUUACUGCAAGAUGCUUCUUACGACGGGGCUCGAGCUAUUUUCCAGGCUCGGAACCCAUAGGUUCAGCCAUCCCUUGUUGCAGUGAUGUUUUUCACAUGAUCAAGGAACCUUGUUUCCAUGGAUGAAGAAGAUACCACUAUUAGCCAUCUUAUGUUCAUAGCUAUGCCUUUAUUUCAAGUUUCCAUUGUUAUUAAAUUAUUAUUUGAAGGUCCCCUUGAAUCCCUCAAUAAUAUGACAUUGUUGUUUUUCUUUUUUUCUAAUCAUUUUACUAUGUCUUAAAAGGAAUAAAAGU